AUGUCUGAAUCGUCAGACAGCGACACAACCGAUUCCGACUCUACAGACUCAGACACCUCAACAAGCAGUAGCAGUAGCAGUAGCAGCGACUUGGAUACACUUCUCGAGAUAUACAGCAAGGUGAAACAGCAGCGCUACAUCACUGACAGAUCAAGGAACCCACGCCGAUCAGAGCGUAUGAUUGACAGACUGCUAUACUGGGAGCAACGAAAUCCGCUCCGGUUCCGCGGUCUAAUUAGAAUGAAGCCAGCUGCCUUCCGAGACCUUGUACACAAGCUUCUGGGCACAAAACCAUUCCAAACUCAAGACAGAGCACCACGCACAUGGGAUUGGGCUGCAGAACGAGUAGCUGUGGCUCUAUACAGGCUGAGACGGUCAGGAGAUGGAGCAGGUGUAAGGGACGUUGCACUCAAUUGUGGCUGCAGCGAGGGCUCCGUUGUGAAUUGGACACGUAUGACCGUUGAUGGCCUCAAUGAGCUUGCAGAGGAAGACAAUGAGCUGGAGAGUGCAUUGAAUGGAAGAGAUUUGCCCUCUUUGGAUCAAUUGGCAGCCAGCUCUCAGGCAGAUUCUUUGAGCAAAAGGCUGUUUAGACCAGUGACACCAAAUGGCUCUGGCCGUCAAAGCUACAUGGAGGAUGAAGAUGCGGCAGAAGAGGAGCAAUUAGUAGCUGGCAGACAGCAGUCGGAGUCUCAGUCAAGCUCUCGGUCAAGAACACCCCUUCGUCCAGCAGCAAAGAGAGAAAGGACUUCACCUGCGAAGGCAACAGAAAUAAGGGAUGCAUUGGCUGCAAUACUUGUACAGUCCAGCCAGGAGAGGAAUGAGGCACGUAUCAAGAAGGAAGAGGAAAAGACACAGCGAGUUCUUGCUCGGGGGCAAUUGGAGAAGGAGAGGCUUGACCGUGAGGAGGUAGACCGGCAGGAGUGUGAUCUUGGUGACACUGUUACUUACUUGUGCCAACUCUGGUUGCCUUUGCAAAGGAUUAGGGUGCAUAAUUGGCAUCUGCAAAGGCUGUGA